AUGAUGCGCCCACGGCCCGCGUCUUCCCUGCAGAAGACAUACGAUGAAUGUUAUCUCGCGUGCUCAACCGCGGUCUAUUUCGAGGGUCAGAACAACGAAGAGGAAGCAUUGAGGUCCUGGAGAUCCGCCCUCGAGACUAUCUACCAUCACAAUGCCCGUCGGGUACCAUCGAACUAUACCCCAAAGUCUGAAACGGAGAGGGCCCUGCAGGAUUCUAUCCGCGCGCUAGAGGUCCAAUGCCGCGAGCGAGUCGAUCUACUCGAGGCCCUGCGCGAGAGCCGGAAGGAGUCUGCCGAGGCCAACGGGAGUAAAGACCCUGCCACCCUGGUCAAGGGCAAAUUCCCCGCCAUAUUACGACGCUCCUCCUCCUCGUCCAAUAACCACCCCGGCUGGAUCGGAGACGGUACCAUUCCCGCCGUCGGCUACACCGACCUUUCCAAACCGGCCGCUAUCCCAGGUCGUCAUUCCGCUCCAUCCAUGGCCAAACACACCCCCGAGUCGCAAACCCUCCACGAUGACGCUCCCGUACUGGACUCGCCGGCUCUGCGCGUCAACUCGAACUCGUCGGAGAAGACAAAGUCUCGAGGGUCCAGCCCGGAACGACGCAAGACGAUGUUGACAACGUUGCGGAACACGGAUGGGAAGAAGAAUGGAAAGAAGUCCAAGGUCAGCACUAAGAAGAAGGAAAAGGAGAUGCGGCCGGCCGCAUCCAAGGCAGCGGGAUUGGCUUGGGGCAAUAUUUAUCGCACUCCGUCGAGUGAAAAGACCGUGGGCGAUGCGACGCUGGCUUCGUCUCGUCAGAUGGCGGCCAGUGACCCUAGCUUUCGCCGUGAAAUGGAGCCGAGAACGAGCUCUGGCGACGAACCUGCAUCGUCGGGUAGACAUCUACCUCGAAGGGAUUCUGCAGGGGACCGCAUCCCAGCGGCAAAUUGGCGAGAGCCUAAGCUUCCAGCAUCACCGAGCAGACUAUCACCCAGGCCCUUAGCGCAAAUGUCUCCGCGGAAACCUCAGCCUUCCUCUGAAAGCCGCAAGCCUGUUCCUCCUCAUUCGGGUCCGGUUUCCAUGCCGGAUCCGAGAGACUUUACACCAAAACCUACCUCUUCGCCUGCUCCCAAGCCAUCAAUAAAGCCUAAACCUGUUGGGCUAAGGACCUCACUACCACCUCCGCCACGAAUCACAAAUAUUACGAAAUCAGAAGGCAAUUCUCAACCAACGACGCCCCGGCAGGAUCGGGACGGCAAUGUAUCGAGUAGUAAGCCACGGACCACCAAGUCUACACCGCGCGGUGCUCCGGCCAGUCAUUCGGCUAGCCAGUCGGCAUAUAUGUCACCGUCAUCAGGAAGCGACGACAUACAGCGUGGUGUCGAUCGUAUGUCCAUCUCGGCCGCAAAUGGCAACAACGCGUUGCGACGCAAGCCGCCCCCGGUGAAACGGCGAGAGACGCCCCCUUCAAGCGACCAGGAGUCUUGGGAGCAACGAUCAUCAGAAGGGGAAGCAGAGGAUGAGGAUGAGGGUGGUGACAACCAAGAUAUCGCCAAAAUCCUGAGCAAGCUGCCCAAGGGUGUGGAUCUGCAGUCUGCUCGGCAGAUUCUCAAUGACAUCGUCGUACGCGGCGACGAAGUACAUUGGGAUGAUAUUGCGGGUCUGGACGGAGCAAAGAAAGCUCUCAAAGAAGCAGUGGUGUAUCCAUUCCUCCGCCCUGAUCUUUUCUCAGGUCUCCGUGAACCCGCUCGCGGCAUGCUUCUCUUCGGUCCCCCCGGCACGGGUAAAACCAUGCUCGCCCGCGCCGUAGCCACGGAAUCCAAAUCAACAUUUUUCUCCGUCUCCUCUUCCAGCCUGACAUCCAAAUGGCACGGUGAAAGCGAAAAGCUCGUUCGCGCCUUGUUCGGUCUUGCUAAAGUCCUCGCACCCUCCAUCAUCUUCGUUGACGAGAUCGACUCUCUACUUUCUGCGAGGUCUUCCGGUUCUGAGCACGAGGCGUCCCGUCGAUCGAAGACCGAGUUCUUGAUUCAGUGGUCCGAUCUCCAGCGUGCUGCCGCGGGUCGUGAGCAGAGUGCUCGCGAUAAGAAGGAAGGUGAUGCAAGUCGCGUCUUGGUCCUUGCUGCAACCAACAUGCCCUGGGAUAUUGACGAGGCGGCACGGCGCCGUUUCGUGCGAAGGCAAUAUAUCCCCCUGCCUGAACACCACGUCCGCGAGCAGCAGCUGCGGAAGCUAUUAAGUCACCAGCAUCAUGAACUUAGUGACGAGGAUAUCGAAGUCCUGGUCCAUGUCACAGAAGGCUUCUCUGGCUCUGACAUCACAGCCCUCGCCAAAGACGCCGCCAUGGGACCCCUCCGUAACCUCGGCGAAGCACUCCUACACACCCCCAUGGAUCAGAUUCGUCCGAUUAAAUUCCAGGAUUUUGAGGCUAGCUUGUACUCUAUUAGACCCAGUGUCUCACCAGAUGGAUUGCGAAAGUACGAAGAUUGGGCACGGGAUUUUGGUGAACGUGGUGGAUAG